UGGGAGGGUGGUUGGACUAGAUGAUCUUGCAGGUCGUUUCCAACCUUGUGAUUCUAUGAUUCUAUUGUAUGAAACUGUUAAUUUAGUAUUUUUUGAUGUGUUCUCUGGAGUACUAUGAGGAUGGGACAGUAAGUUUGUGUUCUGUUCCCAGAUGCUGCACACUGGCCAUGGCUUUCAGGGCUGUGAAUUCAAGAAGACAUAUUGGACUCCAGCAGCUCUCAUCCGUGGCUUUUGCUGGACGAACAUUAUUGGGACCAAUGAAAUCCUGUAAAUUUGUUGUGGAUGAAAGCACCAACGAAAGCAUGUUGAUUUGUUCUGCUGUUAGACUGAUGGAAAGUUUGGAUUUAACUAGUGCUGCUGGACAGCUUCUUAAUGAAACCAUUCAGGCCCAAAACAAGGAAUUUAAAACUGGGACGAGUACCCUGUUGUUCCUUGUUGGUGCGUGGAGUAAUGCUGUACUGGAAUGCCUCCAGCAGAAUGUUCCUGUUUCAGCAAUAGUGUCUGUGAUGUCUGAGGGGUUGGACUCUUGCUGUGAGAAAGUCCAGUGUCUUCAAAUAUCAGUGCAUGAUGUAAACAAAGAGCUGUGUUCUAGCAGUGUUAGGCCAAGAACUUCUGAAAGUAAAGUUUCCCAAAUUCCAUGCGACAGUUCUCUAAAUCAUCAGAUUUUUCUGUAUUUUCAGAAAGAUAUUUCUGCAUCAGAAGAACCCAUUCCAAGAAAUUCUUGUUUCCCUCAGGAAGCUGAUUGUAAUUCUAAUAAGGGCCUGGUUUGGCCUUUGGCCAGCUUUGGUUCAGUAGCUUCCCUUGUCAGGUCAGUGGAUAACAAAAGUAGAUCUGUGAUUUCUGGAAGUGGUGUCUCUGCAUCCAUCUGUAAACAAAAAAUAUUAACUCACAGCAGAUACUUCAGCACUGUAGCAAAAAGCCACGUUUCAAGUCACCUACAUGAUUCUCAGGUAUACCUCUCAGGACAGUCAGUAUAUACUUGUGAAUGUUAUGGUUUAGGACACCUGGCAAUGGCUCUAAGCCAUGGAAAUCAGCCUAGCAUGAAACUGCUUCAAAGCAUUGUUGCAUAUCAACACGAGAGAGCAGAAUGUAGCGGCUCUUCCCAGUUCAGUAUCACAGAAAUUGCAACAUGCUGUUUACCAGGUCUGCCUGAGAGUUACUCUUGUGUUUGCCCAGGUUUUAUCACUCUAGUGUCACCAGAACAAGCCACAGUCACCAAAUACAUUCAGGACAAAUCCCUUUGGAUUCUGCUAAUGGAUGGUGACCUAACCGAACACUAUCGUCACUUAGGUUUCACUAAACCACGGAAUGUAAAGACUGUACUGGAGAAUCCUAGCCUACAAGAAGGUGGAUCAAGAGACUCGUGGCUAAGUACUGUGCUAGACAUUCUAAUAAGCUUGGAAGUAAACUUGGUUUUGGUCAAAGGAACUGUGUGUGAAAACUUAAUGGAAAGAUGCAUCGCAAACAAUAUAUUGGUAAUUAGUUCUGUGACUCAGAAUGUGUUGAGUGCCUUUGGGGAGGUGACCGGUGCCCAGCCCGUGACGUACCUCGCUCAGCUGAAUGCUUCUUGCCUGGGGAGCGGGGUCUGGGUAGAGCUGUGGAAGGGCUGCGACGAGCGUGCAAUGGAACUGGGUCAGCUUGUGCCAGUCAGAAUAAAAGCACAGGGAAUUCCCCUGCUGACGGCCCUGCUCACCACCACUGUAGCUUCAAAGAUGCAGCUCAUUGAAGACCAGUUUUGGACUUUUGUGUAUCGACUCCAUCAUGCUUUAAAGGAUGGGAAGGUUUUUCUUGGCGGUGGUGCAGUUGAGUUCUUAUGUCUUAGUCACAGUCAGAUGCUUUCAGGGCAGUCUUCAAAGCUAGCAGAUAAAAAUGCUGUGAAGGAGUUUCAUAGUACUCGGCUGGCAGCAUCUUCAUCAGAGUAUAAAGCAGUUGUGCUUCAAGCACUGGCCACUGGCUGGAACCAGUAUCUUUCCAUGGUUAUGUGUAACACUGCAAAAGCAGCAUCGGAGUUUGAAGCACAUACCUUAAUUGAUCAUCACCUCCAAAAAGCAACUGACUGUGGCUCUCCCUCAGCGUAUGUACUGAAAGAGUUCAGAAGAGGUGGUAUAUUCGGCGGUGGUUCUAUUCCUUUCACUGACAGUGAAGAGGGUGUAAAGGUUUAUGAUAAUGUUACAGCCAAGAUGGAGGCGUGGCGGAGAGCUCUAGACGUGGUGCUGCUAGUGCUUCAAACAGAUGCCGAAAUCAUCAUAGGUCCCAGAAGGAGUCAGCUAUUAAACUCACCUUCAUCAAGUGAAUUUAUGUUUUUGUAGGACUUGUAAGCUUGGUUUUUUUUUCUUUUUUUUUUAAUGAGUCCAGGAGUCAUCGGGUGGAAGAAGUCUAGGUACAACCUACAUUUCUUCAAAAAGCGAACAUUUAGAUGUGGAAAGGACUUGAGAGUAUAAUAGCAGGAGUCUCCAUGUGAAACAGUAACAAGAUAGAUCUUAUUUCCCAUUUCUAGAAACUGGAGUUAAAUAAACCAAAAAUCACUGGUGAGCUAAUCUCUAACUCCAGCCAUGCGUUCCUAACUGGUGAUAUUGUCUAUAUGGGUAGGCUAAUCCAGUCCAGCUGACUUUUCUAGCUUUAUGUAGCAGAGCAGAUGUGCAGUUCUUUUUUUCAUUAUAAAGAGGAGCACUGUGAAGUCAGGUUGAACAAAUGUUAGAUUCCCUGUAUAAACUUCCAAAAUGUACUGUCUGUAUGAGGUAUUUGCACUCGUAUACAGUAAAAUACUUAAUAUCUUCUAAAGAAGGGGCUUUCUUACAUAAUGUUGGCUUACUUGUCUGCGUUAGACCUAAGAGAUAAUUAAGAUCAUAAUUCAUAAUCGUAAUUCAUAAUUUUUACUAUCUUGCUCUUAAUUUCUGUGCAUUCCAAGUUAAGCUCAGAAUAACUUACGACUGUUAUGUAUGUUAAGGUAAGAGAUUGUAUUAGUUGAUUCUGUGUUUGCAUAAUUGUAUGGGCAAUACGUUUUUUAUUUUGAAAUAUAUCCCCUUUGAAAUUUCUCAGGUUUCUGUGUAAAUUCCGGCCGAACCCUCCCUUUUUGUGUUACAGAGUGGAUAUAGCUCUACACAGUUUUGUUUCAAUGGCAAGUUGAAGUUUUAGAUUAUUUCCUUUAGGUUCUUUCAGAUAGCCGUGUGGAGAAGAAAAGUGUAAUUAUAUCAGCUGUUUCCUAAAGACUGACAGUGAAUCUUACCUGAAUGAUUGAGGCACAGCCAUGGUACUGUGUCUCAACUCUUAAAACUGAAAACAAAACAAUUCAGAAGUGGCACUUUGUUGCAAGAAAGAGGUUUGUAAUAUAUGUUUGCAAGAGGAUAUUUUUUCUGAAAUGAGCAUUUUACAUAGUGAUGUGUUGGAUGAAAACAGAAUGUAAAGAGAAUGGGAAUGUAAAGAGAAUUAGGAAUUCACUUCAGGAGUUGAUUCUCAUUAAAAUGCUGAUGGCUAGCAGUACUUGGCUUAAGCACUUAGCCAUUCUGAGUUCUGGUGACAGACAGUCGGGUGGUGGUGAAAUCUGAGAAUUGGGGUGGGCUAACAAAUAUGUUUUCUGGGUCCUGAUUCUCUGGGCUUACUUUCAUUGUCGUAUGUCUUCACCACAGAAGAUGCUUUAGAGAGGAGCCAUCAGCUGUGUCGAAUCCCUGUGGUCUUUGGCAGUGCCCCAGUACCUCUGAUUCCUGAUGGAGUUACUCCUUCUGCCUCUGUAUUUCAUGGUGCCAAAUUCCAGAGAGUUUCAGUUUGUGGAAAGGAAAGACAGUUCCUAAAAUGUUUCUCCCAUGGUGCCAACCAUCAACCUGCAGCGGCCUUCUAUGCUGUAUACAUUUUUUAGCAAAUUCUGUAUACAGCUCUUUCAUAGAGCUGUUUGUCAGAGUGGUUUAUGCUAAGUGAAUGACUGUUUUAUUUAGCAUAUAGGGUAAAGAAAGACAUAGAUAAUUAAGUUCAUCCUUAAAUGUUGUAGGUGCCUAUAGAUGCAUUUGUGUAUGAAAGUUAUGUUGUAUGUUAUGUUGGUGUAUUUUCAAAUGUUGCAUUGAGAGCUCUCAUUGCUGAAUUUAACAUUUAUGUUUUCUAAUUGAAUGUAAAUGGAAGGUCUUUACGAAGGCUAAGGGAGCAUAUGAAUUGCAGUUACUUUUUGUAAAUAUCAUGAAAUAACUUUUCUGUUUGUGGAAUGCUGUGCUCGCAGUAUUUGGCCACCACUCAUCUGAAAGUAUGCGUAUUUUGCUUUUCUUACAAACUCCAGAAAUCAGUGGGUUUUGGUAAAAUCUCGUCAGUAAUAUACAAGUUUGAAGGAAAAGUUCUUAGCACCAUCCAGAUCUAUUUUAAAGUUGUAAUCAUACUGCAAUUAUAUUUUAAUUAUUAGUCAAUCAGCCAUUGUAAGUGCUAGAUCACACAUCUCAAGACAUCAGAUAAACCAGUUUGAAAACCAGCACAAGAAAGACGUGGAACUCUUGGAAUGGGUCCAGAGGAGAGCCACUAAGAUGAUCAGAGAAC